UUACAAACAGGAUUGCCCUUGGUCAGCAGCGAAAUGGCGAAUGUCGUGCAGAAACUUACGGCUGCGGCCCCGGGAUUAGCAAAGCGAACACAAGCAUUCGCAGUUCCAAGGCUGCAGACAUUUUGGCGCUAUGCCAAGGUAGAGAUGACCCCACCGUCGCCCGCAGAAUUUCCUGCUGUACAGAAAGGUUUCCAGAACCUUGCUACUGCAUGGAGGACACAAAAGUGGAAGGAACUCUCAGUUAGGGAGGGCUGGCAGAACACAUUAGUAGGAGCUGAGAUCGUCUUCUGGUUCUUUGUGGGUGAGGUGAUCGGUCGACGUCACAUAGUGGGAUACAAAGUGUAGACAUUCGCAGUGCCGAGCCAAGUUGUUAUUAAUUUAGUGUAUUGGGAUUUCUUUCACACCACUGUAGUGUUCUGACAGCACACUAUACUGUUAGAAAUGCUUGUAAAAUGUUCGUUAUUGGAAAUCAGUUACUUUACACCCAAGUUGGAAUGCAUAACUCAAAAAGGAAUUCAGAAACUGAACUAUGUUCAUUAGUGAAAUAAAUGUUGUGUACAAUUUAA